UAGAAGACCUGCAGGCGUCAUCGCGCCUUCCUGUCUGGACUGACCUGACUGCAUGCGCACUGUGGUUUUCACGGAGUGUGAGAGAGCUCAUUGUGAUGAAUGUGAACCACAGAGCGCUGCUCUGUCCGGAUUCCCAAAGGUCUCAGAGAGCCUACAUUCUUCACAGUUCAUCACCUUGCACCCAUCUUCAAAUGACAGUUCCCUAAAGUCAUGGAAGGAAUGCACAGAGUCAACAUUCAUCUUUGAAGAAGUGCUUUUAAAACCCACUCUGGGCCUCGGCAGCUGCUGGCUCGCCAUCAGCAAGCUCUCGGGAGCAGCAGGGAGAAAGCCAAGGAAGCCACUGAAAAGGCACACAGUCGGGGUCUCGCACUGUGUCUGGGCUUCCCAAAGGAGCGACACAGGCUUCUAGUGCCUCGCCCUCGAGCCAUAUGCUUGCGUGCGAGAGGGGAAGAAACUCCAGUUUCUUAGUUUUGCACUUGGAAGAAAAUCCUCUGUAAUAGGCUGCUUACUUGACGUAAUGGUAACUAUUAAGUGUUCAUAACAUGGUAGGAAUUAAGACACAGUCCCAGCAUUAGAAACUAGAGUUGUCGCUUACUGCGCAUCGCGUUUCCCAUCGCCAACACCCACCACAACUCUAAGAGGAUGCUGUUACCCCUGCAUUACCCACCAAGACCCUGCGAAUGAGAGAAGUUAAGAAACUUGCCUGAGAUCACAUGGUGAGUUCAGGUGUGACUGCAGUUCAGGCAUGAAUGUACCUGACUCCACGUGCCAUGUCCUUUUUGCUGUCUGCACUGGAUUUUCAGUUGUUAAAACUCUGGAACGAUGAACAGAGUAAUUCACGUUUACGGAUGAGAAUCAAACCAAACAGGCACACUGAUUCUAGUAUUCUAGUUAAAAUUUAAAAAUCUCAUGUCAGAUUGAAAGAUGACCAAUCGCUUUCAGACUUUAAACUCUUUUAAGCGCAUUUUAUUUUAUUUUUUUGACAGGCAGAGUUAGACAGUGAUAAAGACAGAGAGAAAGGUCUUCCUACCAUUGGUUCAACCCACAAAUGGCUGCUGUGGUCGGCGCGCUGCGCUGAUCCGAAGCCAGAAGCCAGGUGCCUCUCCUGGUCUCCCAUGUGGGUGCAGGGCCCAAGGACUUGGGCCAUCCUCCACUGCACUCCCGGGCCACAGCAGAGAGCUGGACAGAAUCCGGCGCCCCAACUGGGACUAGAACCCAGGGUGUUAGCGCUGCAGGCGGAGGAUUAGCCUAGUGAGCCACGGCGCCGGCCAUUAAGCGCAUUUUAUUUAAAGUCUUACCCCCCCAGAGAGGUCAGAGUGGCAUGCUGUGGCUUACUCCAGUUUCCUAACGAUGCACCCCGGCACAUGGGGUACCUGGCUGGUCACAGGGAGAUAUUUAUACCCUGAGCUCUCUGGGCCACACACUGCAAAGUGGGGAGCCCAUGGGCCCAGCCAAGGCCUGCUGGGGCCACCAGGGCCCACAGAAAUCACACCCUUUUUGUGUGCCAUGCUGUGGUGUUAGGAAACACUGGACUAACGGGUGCUAACGCAGGAGGGUGACACCAGAUGUUGUUAUGUACGUAUAAGGGUUCCUCUGUGCUCCUGAUGUCACUGUCACAUUGUCAUUCUUUACAGCCCUCGAGUGAGUUGAUUCUUUCAUAUAUUUUAUAUGUCAUCUGAAGACAACUGUCUACAGUCAUUAAGAUACACACGAGAUCCGGGACGUGUAUGUAGACAUGUGUGCCAGGCCCCAGCCUGCGUUCACGGGCAGCUGUCCGCUAUUCUGUCGUGGUCACCUCAAACUAUGUAGAUAAGAAAACCAGCAGUGCAUAGUCAGCAUUAUCACAUUUCUCUCUGAUAGAAAAACCAAAUGCUUUAGAAAUUAUGAAGUCAACAAGUCAUACUGAAAUAAAGAUGGACUUACUACCUAGCAAAGUGCAGUUUUUAAAUGAGAAGAGACUGGUGACUUCUGACUGUUAGUAGUUGUGAUAUUUGUACCCAUUGGAUAUAUUCAGUAUCACUUAAUAUAUGAAUGAUCUUCAGGAAAAUAGUUGGAAAUUUCAUCUAGAAACUCAGUCUAUUUUUAAAUCUACAUUUGUUACUUGUCUGUGCUUUAGAUUUUUCUUUUGAAAGUUCCUUUAAAUAAAUAUUUUUACAAAAACCACAGAACACUAUAAAGUAUUAUUUAUUGAAUGUCAUUCAUGAAAUAAUCUAUUUUUACUGCUUUUUGAGAAAUAUUUGUGUUUUGAUGCAUCUCCAUUAAAUGCUUCUGACCUGAGAGGGCAUUUGAUGUUUUUCUAGAGCUGAUUGUUAACAGGAUGGCAUUUUAGGGUCCUUGCCAGGGAGGCCUUGCUUUUCUCACUGAAAGGUGGACCCGGAGAAUGCCCUGGGGCUGCACACGGCCACCCCAUCCACCCCACCCACCCCACCCGGGACCUCUGAUUCGCAGGGAAGCUGCAGCUCCUCCACCCGCCACCACAGGUGCUUUUCUGUGAGCUGAACGUGUUUCCUCUUCCUGGUGUGUGCACUCCCUUGCCCUGAACUCAGAUAGGACAUGCAGCAGCCAGGGGGAGGUGGUGACAAAGGCAGGGCCCUGAGCGGGGCCUCCCAUACGUGCUUUGUGUAAGUAGCUGCCAUCUUUGGCCGGAUUUUGCAGUGAUAAUGGCGCCAAAUGAUGUUUAUGCACCAUUUUUUAGACUGUGUAAUGGGCAGAUCGGAGAAAUGCAGAACACACAGCAGGGACUGCUUGCCCAGAGUGCGAUAUUUAAAGGUACACUUAUUUGUAUUUUUCAUGUAUUGUGAAAAAAAUAAAUUGUGUGAUAGUACCAGUGAUGAAAGGUGGAAGUUCUGAAUGAGUGUACUUUAAGAGGGUAAGAAUUCUUCGGUGCUGGACUUGGCAAGAAGAGAUCACGGAAACUCUGAUCAUCUUUUCUAUAAAAGUGUUGAGCAGGGGCAAGGAUUGUGAUUUAUGCCAUGCAGAAACUGUUCCAGCUUGCUACCUGGAGUUUCAGUAAUUCCAUUUGUAAUAAUGACUUCCGUUUGCAAUAAAAAUUCUAUUAACAGUUUGCUGUUAUUUUUUGAUGGUUAUAUAUUAACAAGUUGCUCCCCAAUUGUGUGGACACGAUGAAUUUGAAUAUGGCUCAAGAAUGGGACCCUGUAAGUGUUUGCCUAAGCUCUCUGGAAUCCUAGAACUUGUGCAUCCCCAGUGUGCUGGGGCUCCUCCCUGGGCACUGUGGAAUGCCCCUUGCCCGCAUCGCCGGGGAAUGGGCACCAGGGGCCGGCGUCCGGAGGUGAAAGGGUGAAGGUGUGCCACAGGGCGGGGCGAAGGCUGGCUGGGUGGAGCCACCAAGGCGAAGGUCUGAAAUCCCCAGCAGGCUGGAUUGAUUGGGAUCCAGACCCACCUGCUGGGACCCACAGACACAAGGUACAGGCUGGAUUGAUUGGGAUCCAGACCCACCUGCUGGGACCCACAGACGCAAGGUGCGCCUCGGAUGCAGCAUCAUUCCUGUGUUCUUUACACAUUCUGUCAACGCCAAAAACCGCCUCUGUGGCUGUUUUCUUUCUGAGUUGCCAAUUUCCCUUUCGUUUUAUGUAAGAAUAAACUCUGUUUCCUUUCUGCUUUUCUUCUGUUGCCUUCUCGCUCCCUCUCUAAGACAGACAAACAACUCCAUGCUUCAUCAUACUGGAACUUGAGUUUGAAUAUGUCCAUUUGGGGAUUUACAUUUACUUAAUUAUUUCCAGUUUCCUUGGGGGCUUUUUCUGGAGUUCCCCGUGGUUUCUUAAUUAGGAUAUAUAAACCUGUGUAUAAUGUGAAUCAUUUUUCUUUACAAUGGAGACCAUUCACUAUAAGGUGUCAGAUUAUCCUUAGCUAGCUGUUUGAACUCAGAUCUAUUAGUUACUACAUAAAUUGCUUCAACUUAAAGAGAACCAGGGCAUAAGUUUUAAAAUCACUCACUUCUGUCUCUUUAAGAGAAACUAGUUUCCAGUUACCUGAACACUGUCGUUUUUGUUGCUGAUGUUACAUUGGCUUGGUGUACAACUGCAUAUCAAGUGAUUCCAGCUGUGUAGAAACAAACAUCUUUCUCACUGGGCAAAUUAAUUCAAUUUCUGGCACGGUGUAAGGAGCACACUACAAAAACCAGUAACUUCCACGCCGUAGGGCACCUUUUGCAGUUCAUGGCUGUGUGUGCCUGAAUUUAGAUGCCCUUCAAAAUAUGGGAGAACUGACCUUGUCAGGAACAAGUUUAAAGCUUACACUGUAAAUGUUAUUCAUGACAGACUGCAGACUAUUAAAAUACAGAACAUGGAGUUUAUGUAUCCUGGUCCUUAUCUUCUUUGGGGGAAUUAAAAAAUGGACAAAAAGCAAGGUGCUAACCGUGCGUGAUACAGUAUUCACAUUCAAACUGAAUGUUACUAGUGUUCAUUCAUUCAUUUAUUCUUUACUCAAAGAGUUCUGCAAACCAAGACAAAAAAUAGAGGCUAAAGCAGGAAAAGGGGUCUCAGGUGCCAGGAUCUGAGGUGAAUCUGGAGGGAUAUCUACAAGUUGAACUGAGAGUAAACAACACAUUGAACUUGGAAUUGGGUGUGAACUACAAUCAAAUUUUAGCAUUAGAAAUACAGAUACGGAGUUUUUUGGUUUUGUUUUGUGCCCAAAGGCACAUCUUAUCUCACUAGUUCAUGAAGCUAGCUAGAUAACACAUGGCUUUGAGUGCCACCUUAUCUCCCUUGGGGACUGGGACUGGUGGCAAUAAGGAACCCCUGGAGGGUUCUGAAGCAAGGAGUAUUAGGGGAAAUAAUCCUUUGGAAUCACCUCGGAUGGGUCAAGAAGAAGGAAGGGCAAGAGGCAGAGGCAGAAGGAUCAGUGAAGCCAUCCUAGCGUCAGACUACAGUGAUGAAAACUACGGCAGUGCCGUUAGAACAGAAAGGAAGGGACGAUUGUCAUGAACGUACAUUAGAGUAAUGUGAUGACUUCUACGCUUUCUGGUUUGGAAUGAAAUUUAGAUCAGAGACAUUAUCCAUGUGCUUUUAAAUCUGCCCUGUGUAUGCAUUCUUCCAUUGUUAUUUACAUAUAGUUGUUUUAAAAUUCACAAUUGCUUCCCAAGAAUUUUUGGUGAAAAAGAGACUUGAUGUUUGUAUUGUAAUGACAUCUUCCUGGUUCUGAGACAGAGCCUCAUUUUUAGUAUUUUACUUAUGCUGUAUAUAUUUAAAUGAUUGGAAAAGUCACAAAAGCCACAGAGCCGAAGUUUGUAGUUCUUCUAGUCAUUAAAAAAAAAACAAGCCCCUCUUAGGAGUUGAACUUUCCACUCAGACAGUUACAGGAGGUUCACAGUGUAGUGCAAAUACAUGCCAUCGCACAAUAAAGCACAUGACUGAUUACAGCGUUGUAGAUAAGCGUAACAGACUUUGCUCAGCAUUAAUGACUGGCAGAGACACACACACCUCCGUAAUCCCUGUGAGGUUUCAGGCACUCAGAGGCAGACAGCACGGUGGAUGGAUGCAGGAAAACCAGGUGCGGAGGCAUUAUGAAAAGCCUCUAUUUCAGAGUGAUAGUCAUAGUUCUUGGGGUUGCUGGAACAGAGACAGAGCCAUCCAGGAAGAGCAGUAGUUUUUUCAGUUCUGAGUGCCAGUGGAAUGAAUAUCUUCCGACAAAUUGCUCCUUUACUGGAAACCAUCACCUGCCUGCUGAGGGAUCGCAGACAGCGGCCACAGUGGACGUCAGCUUCAAUUUCUUCAGAGUUCUCUUACAGUGCCACAGGAGAAAAGAAGAAUGGAAGGUAAAACACCUGGACCUCAGUAACAGUCUCCUCUGGAAGACAGCCUUAAGCCCCCUCAGGUGUGCACCCGCCCUGGAAAUACUAAACCUCAGCAGCAAUGCCAUCCGCUCCAUCUCGUGGGGUCUGCCCAGCCCCACGUCCUCUGGGGUGAGACACCACGGAAGCAGCUUCAGAGCUGGACUUCCAUUUCUAAAGGUGCUAAUUCUCCAAAGAAAUCAGCUCAGCAACACUCCCACGGGAUUAUGGAGACUGAAGUCAUUACAGAGUUUGGAUCUUUCAUUCAAUGGGAUAUUGGAAAUCGGGCUGUCUGAUUUCCAUAACUGCCUGCAACUGGAAAACCUCUACUUAAAGAGCAACAAGAUAUUCAAAAUUCACCCAGAUGCCUUCAAGGACCUCAAAAACUUACAGGUCGUGGACCUCAGCAGCAACGCUCUGACCGCUGUCCUGCCGAUGAUGGGCAUCGCCCUGGAACUCCCGCAUCUGGACGUGGACCUGGCCGACAACCCCUGGCAGUGUGAUGACAGCGUGCCGGAAUUCCAAAACUCCAUUGCUGGAUCCUGGAGGGAAAAGUGGAGUGCGAUAUGCAACAGAUCCACGGGAUACGAGGCGGCCCAGAGGGAGACUCCCCGCAGCAGACUUUCCAGCGAGACCCACCUUCCUCACACCGAUCGCAGUCACGGGGAAGACCACGGAAGGAGCCAGGCGGAGAGGCCCCGGGAAGGAAGGCGCAUGCACUUGUCCACCGCGGGGAGGCCGGCGCAUUCGGGCUCUGAUCUCUGGGAGCAGCAUGGCCGGCCGCCAAGAAGGGUGAGGGACGUGCACGCUGCGUACAGACAGGACGAGGAUGCCGAACAGCACCCGGACCUGACCCUGGCCGUCUGCCUGUCCGUGUUCCUGACGUUCGCUGUGGCUUUCUCCCUGGGAGCUCUGGCAAGGCCCUACAUUGACAGACUGUGGCUCCAAAGAUGCCGCCCCAAGGGCCCUCCUGGUCCAGGCAAUGCCUAUGCAAACGAGGGCUUCUACGACGACGCAGUGGCUGCCAGGAACACGCAGCACCCCAGGACACAUGUGCACCAAGGGGUUCACGAUCCAGACCUCUAUGAGAACCAGGACGCUCUCUCAACGACAGAGCCACACCUAUACCUCACUGUCCUUCCAGACGGAAGCCAGCAAAGGAGCCGCUGGCGCAGCUCCGAGCAAGGCGGCGGCGACAGCCGAGCUGGCAGCAGGUACGACAAGGUGCUUCUGAACGGCAGUUCGGCCCGUGCCCGCAACCAGCAGGUCGCUUCAGCCGCACCAGCGCCGACCUACGGGAACGACGUCCUCGGAGACUUCCACUACGAAAGCGUGGCCGAGGAGCACGCUCCCAGGGAGCGCUCCGUGGACGUCCCUUCCGGAGCCGGCACGUUACAGACUCUGUCUGCCUCAACCCAGAAUGUGAAUCCAUUAGACCCGCCACGCUGGAAAGAAAUGCCAGCUUCGGUCUCUGGAACGCUACCAUCCACCAAUGCACAGAGGCCCGGGGAGAAUCAGGAGAGAGCGGGCACUGCCCAGUCACCUUCAGAAACCCCAGCCUUACCGAUGGAAUUCUCUCAGGGAAUGCAACCGGGCUGGCACCUGAAUUUGCCGAGCGCACCGCAGCCAAGGGUCAAGGGGGCCGGUGCUGAAGCGGAUCCCUCAGCCUAUUAUAACGGUGGGGUCACACACGGUGACCCAGGAGGCGCAGACCCUCCCAUCUUUCCUCCAAGAUGGGGCAGUUGGCAGGCUGCUCUUUCCGACCCUCAGAACAAGCUGGAGAGUGACUACGACUCCGAUGAAGGGUCUUUGUUUACCCUAAGUUCGACAAGCUCAGAAGGUGCAAGGGAGGUGACUGAAGCAGAAUCACGUGGGGAGGAAUGCUCUGGGGUCGGGGAGCCCCUACAGGACAUGCACUCGGGGCACAGCAGGGACAUGACAUCAGAAGAAAGUCUUGAGGACAACACCCCCUCCCAGAGGAUUCUGGGAAAAUAUGAGAAUCGGGAGGAUCAUUUUGAAAAACUUCUCAUUUCCGGGCCAGACUCUGGUUUGGGUGAUAGUCAUCUGGAAAGUGUGUCUGACACCCACGAAUGUGAAAAUCCAUUCAGCUCGCCCAGCUCGCUGGGCGGUGGCCGUGUGAGCGGUGAGGUUCCAGGCACGUUCAGUUACGAUUAUGACACAGCUCCUCAACCCGAGGCAGUGGAGUGGCACUGCUCGCUUAGAGACCUGCUGUUUGCAAGUGCUGGGGUUCCCACAGCGCCUGAUGAGAGGGAUUGCCAGGAAGGAGACUCAGACAGAAAGGCAACUAGGAAACUUUCCUUCAGGGAAUAAACACAGCUCAAAAAGACGUUCCUUUCAAGGUCACCUCUUAAGACCCUCACAGCAAAAUCCUAAAGGGGGCGACAUGAAUUCUGACCAGACAGAAACUGAGGCAAAUGUGGGGUUUGUAUGUCCAUUGAAGGUUAUGAUCCCGAACAGUUGUUAAAAUCCUACAGUGAUAAAGUAUUUCUCAGUGUGUACGGGGUAGAAGGUGGGGAAGACAGUUCCAAAAACCAAGCGCCUCCACCUCAAACCAUUUCACUCAGAACACAGGAACAACUCAGUGCUGGAGACUGGGGUAAAUACUCAGAGGACAUCUCCUGUUGCACUUAGAAGGUGAUUCUAACUUGUACACUCAAACGCAGACCCAGGGCGAUUGGCAGGGAGUUGGCUCUCUGUGUGAGGAUCAACUCUACUACCACAAAGACAAGGAGCUCACCUUGCCAUCAGAGGAGCUCAAGUGACAUCUUUGAUACCUACAAGGCCCUUGUAUGGAAGUGCUGAACAGAUUUUAAUGAAUUCUGCACAAAGACUGGCAGAAUGUUUUUGGAGGUUGAUAGUGAAACUGCAAAAUUGGAAGGGUUCAGAAAAAUUGUAAAUAUUUUUAAUUAUUGUAACUAUCUUUAAUAAGUUAUGUUAAAAGAGGGACCAUUUCCUAGAACAAAAAUUAAACAUUAACUUUAAAGAAAAGAA